AUGGGUUCAACCUAUACGGAAUGGAAUCAGAAGGCGACCGAAUGGCUCAAAACGCGAAUGGGACGACGGGCGAGAAUCGGACUGCUCGCUGCCACUGUCGUCUCGUACCCGAUCGGCUCGAUUUUGGUGAAUGGUCCGUUUGUGAAGCUGACGUUCCCAAAAAGAUACGAUGUCGAAGAACUUCCGCCGCGAUUGGUUUCGAUUGCUGAGGAAGAAUAUCAAAGGUUUCUCGAGAAAGAGAAUCGCCUAGUCAAAGAUGCGGUCAUUAAUCGAUAUAUUCAGAAAACCGUUGAGCAUGAUGAUACUGUCGCUGCUGGAUCGUUAGGUGUCCGAACGGGAUUAUGCGCAGCUGUCCCAUUUUAUGCGAAAUUUCGAAAUUUCGAGGAUGCUUUGGAAUAUUUCAAAAAUAACCAUUCGACGGGAUUCGAAUAUUUGGGUGAACGAAUUCCGGCGUAUUGGAAUGAUGAGACGAGUCAGGAGCUUGCUGGAUGCUACGCCUUAUCUGAAAAUGCUGUUCGCUUUUUAUUCUUACGAGAUCUUUACGCGCAUGAUGGAUAUGCGUCGUUGGCUCAAAGGAGCAUCUCUUGGACCACGUGGACCACUUUUAGUUCGAUUUUCACUUAUUGGAUUCACAAUAGCUCAAAAUUGUUCAGUGGAUCGGCUGCGUCAUUCGUCGUCGCUUAUUCGGUUCUUCUCGGCGCCGCAUGGUAUGCGAAUAAGCAAUGGCAUUUGCUGUACAGGUAUUUGACUGAUAUUCAUGCUGACGCAGAAGCAUCCCGAGCAACAUUCCAUCAUGCCGAAGGUGGCAAAGAAUAUUAUUGGAAAAUGUUGAAACGAAAUCGCCUUCUCAGGGACUUGAAGCCAUCGUUGUACUUGAAAAUCACGGCGACUGGUGAUGUUCGAGGAAUUGCGACGCCGAUUAUUACGAGAUAUGAUCAUUUGAAGGAUGUGAAUGAGGAAGAUGAUGAAUUGAAGCAAGUUAUGAGUGUCGCGGUGGGACUCGCGGCGUGCGCAGUGUCUUCUCUGUUAUUCGGUUCUGUGUUUGCGCCGGUCAAGAGAUGCGAUCCGGGAAAUGGAAUAUUUGCUCAAUGGCUCAUGGCUUCCUCGAUAUUCCUUGUCGGUUUGAUCGUUUACGCGAUUGAGGGAUUCCCGAAGUUCGAGCCGCUUGCGAUGCUUGGCGGAAUGUUUUGGGUUCUAGGAAAUGCCACGGCAAUUCCGAUCAUCAAUGUGAUUGGAAUCGGAAUGGGAAUGCUCGUUUGGGGGGUGACGAAUUGUAUCACCGGAUGGGCGGUUGGAAGGUUUGGACUGUUCGGUGUCGACGCGACUAUUCCAAGCCUUCCUCUUCUCAAUUAUUUUGGAUUAAUACUGGUCAUCAUUGGUGGAUGCCUUUUCUCGCAAAUCCGGCCAAAUACGAACCAGCAGACCGCCGAUGAGCAUAGUCCGUUAAUGGUCCAACCGGAUGACGAUCUUUCGGAUUUGCCGGAUGCCACACCUCCGCCAUCAUUUCAUGAGACUCAUCGGCAAAAACGACGAGUUCUGGCUAUAAUUGUUUCAUUGAUCGCUGGAAUAUUCUACGGCGUCACGUUUGUGCCGGUCAUUUAUAUUCAAAAUCACCCAAGUUUGUACCCCGAUGCCCCACUGAAUGGAUUGGGAUUUGUGUUUUCUCACUAUACUGGUAUAUUUGCAACAGCUUCUGCCCUAUUGAAUGGAUAUGUGAUAAUUUCGAAUAAUUCACCUUAUAUUGGAAGGCGACUGAUGGGGCCGAGCUUGCUCGCCGGGGCGAUGUGGGCGGUGGCACAGAGCUCGUGGUUCGUUGCCAAUGACAAUUUGUCGCAAGCCGUCUCAUUUCCCAUUAUUUCGAUGGUCCCUGGCGUCUGCGCCGCGUUGUGGAGUGUGUUCUACUUUAGGGAAAUUGAAGGUCAUCGCAAUUUGCGAUUUCUCACCAUUGCGAUAUUGAUUACGCUCACUGGUGCCGUUUUUGUUGGCAUUUCGAAAUAA